ACUUACGCAGAACGUGCAGUGGCUCUAAAGAGGAAGGAAGAUGGCGGAUAACAAAGGCGAGGAAGAUAUGGAACCGUCAGCUAAACCAGACUCGGUGUCUUCAGUGCAACAUACUGAGCUGACGGAACCAAACCCCGAAAAUGCGGUAAUCAUUUUAGAAACAGGUUCAAAGGGGGACGCGGAAACCGAGACAGACAAUGCUAACGACGAGCCCCCGCCCAGCAGCGAAACAGUAGACAUUAGCAGCGGCGGAACUGCUGUAGAAGUAGAGGAAGCCAACGGUAGCAUUAGCAACACCGUUAGCCCUGCUGAGACCAGUGGCAGCACCAAUGUGGAGCCCACGGUUGCCGAUACCCUUCCCGCCUCCGAUGCUCCUGCUGGCGGACCCUCAACUGAAACCCCUACCCCACCUUCCACUGCGGCGGCCACGCCGGUAUCCACUCCCAUUAAUUUACUGGAUACGUGCGCAGUGUGUAAACAAAGUCUGCAGACUCGAGACUGUGAACCGAAACUUCUGCCUUGUCUACACUCCUUUUGCCUAAAAUGUAUCCCGCAACCAGACCGACAAAUAAGCGUACAGGUGCCUGGACCACACGGACAAACGGACACACAUAUAGUAAAUGUGAUGCGGUGUUCAGUUUGCUACCAGGACUACAAACAAAGUGACAUCAUUGACAACUACUUCGUCAAAGACAACACAGAGGCAAUCAGCACUUUGGAUGAAAAAUCCGCACAGGUAUGCACAAGCUGUGAAGACAAUGCUGGGACCAUAGGCUUUUGUGUUGAAUGUGGAGAGUGGUUGUGUAAGACAUGUGUGGAGGCCCAUCAAAGAGUCAAAAUUACCAAGGACCACAAGAUCCGUACAAAGGAGGAUGCUGAUGCUGUCUCUGAGUCUGUCAGUACAUCGGGACAGAGACCAGUCUUCUGUCCUGUCCACAAGCAGGAACCUCUGAAGCUUUUCUGUGAGACAUGUGACACAUUGACAUGUAGGGACUGCCAGCUUUUGGAGCACAAGGAGCACAGGUACCAGUUUCUGGAAGAAGCCUUCCAGAAUCAUAAAGGAAUCAUUGAGGCCAACAUGUCCAAGCUGCAGGAAAAAAAGAAAUAUGUCCAUUACUCUGUUUCUCAGGUGCAAAGCAGGUUAAAAGAGCUGAAUGAGACCCACAGGAAGGUGGAGCAUGAGAUUAAAAUAGCAGUAUUCACCCUCAUAAAUGAAAUCAAUAAAAAGGGCAAGGCCUUGCUUCAGCAGUUGGAGAGUGUGAGUAAAGAACGCAGCAUGAGGCUUGUGGCUCAGCAUAAGGAUACGACCCAACUGGCCCAACAGGUCAACCAUGUGCUCGGUUUCUGCCACUGGGCUAUCACCUCUGGCAGCAGCACAGCGUUACUCUACAGCAAGCGGCCGAUCAUGUACCAGCUUCGCCAGCUCUUCAAGGCUCGACUGGAACAAGCACCACAGUCUAAUGGAGUGGUACGAUUCUUCUGUGAUCCAACCUUUUGGGCCAAAAACGUGGUCAAUCUCGGUAGUCUAGUUAUUGAAAAACCACCUCCACCUGCACAACCUCCCGGUGUGUUGGUAGGACCAGCCCUCUCACCAGGCCAGGUCCUACCUGGCAAACACCCAGGACAAAUCAACCUGGCUCAGCUACGGCUGCAGCACAUGCAGCAGGCUGCUUAUGCAAAGCAGCAGCAACAGCAUCAGCAUCAGCAGCAGCAGCAGCAGCAGCAGCAACAGCAGCAGCAGAUCCAGCAACAAAUGCGAAUUGCCUCUCAGUUGUCCCAGCAGCAUCCCAGACAGGCAGGCCCUCCCAUAGUUCAACAGCAGCCUCCAAGGCUCAUCAGUAUGCAGCAACUACAAAGGGGUCCAGGGGGUAUGAACGGAGGGCCUAAUCCAUCCAUGUACCCCUCGUCCCAUCACAUGCGCCUGCCUGGUCCAUCUCAGGGUCGGAUGCCCACAGCUCAGCCCAGACUUAAUGGACAGCAGUACUCGCCCAUGAUGCAGCCACAGCUGCAGAGACAGAUGUCUAUAGAAUCUGAGAUGAGCCACCCAAGGUUUCGUUUCUUACUGCAGUCAGGGCAUUCCAAUCCAGGACAUGCAGGCCCUUUCCCAGUGGCAUCCCUGCAUAAUGCCAGUCCCACGAGUCCAACCAGUGCAAGUAUGGCUGGUUCCCAUGUUCACCGUGGGCCAACCAGCCCCAUAAUUGGUCCCAUUGAACUCAUUCCUUCUGUCACUAAUCCUGAGAAACUGCCAUGCCUACCUGAGAUUCCUCCAAUUCAGUUGGAGGAUGCAGGUUCCACCAGCCUUGGAAAUCUCCUUUCUCGUUACAUCUCAGCCAGCACUCAUCAGCUCGGCUCUCUGGACAUGAACCCCUCACCUGGACUAUCAACACUUUCUCCUGGAUUGUCAGGACUGUCUAAUGCCCAAACACCAGCCCGACCUUCGAGCAACUCGAGCACGGGAAGCAGAGGCAGCUGUAGCUCUGCAGGCAGAGGGGGAGCUGGAAGUGGAGCCUCUGCAGAGCAGGUUAAAGUGAAGAAGGAACCUGGUACAGAGGACAGCUACAGCUGUCCCUCGUCUUCUCUGAAGACUGAACGGGGAGCGGAUGCUAGAAGGAGUGCCUGUAUGAUGAGCAGUCCAGAGAACAGCCCCCUGGGAGCUGCAUCUGCAGGCCACGACACUCUGAGGGGUCCCGGGGAACGCAUUAAGACAGAACCUGAGCCAGACACGCCUUGUUCUGGACUAAAUGGAGCCAGUACCAUGACACCAUCCACCUCUACAACCUCCACCAACACGUCAGCCACCAAGAACAGUUACAGUCAGUCAGAACUACCGCUCACAAAUGGAAACGUAGACAAGAGCAGCAGCAGAGCAUCAGAAGCAGCCGGGGGUUCUGGUGGGAAAGAAGACGAUCCCAACGAGGACUGGUGUGCUGUCUGUAUCAACGGUGGUAACCUGCUGUGCUGUGACCGCUGUCCUAAAGUGUUCCAUAUGAAAUGCCACGUACCCACCAUAAAAAUCUUUCCAAAGGGCGACUUCCUCUGCACGUUUUGCCGAAGUAUAGCCAACCCAGAAAUCGAGUAUUGUGAUGAAAGCAGGAGACUCAAAGAGGAUCAGAGCCUGACUGCUGAAGACCAAAGGAAAUGUGAACGGGUCCUGCUGUAUGUUUUCUGUCAUGAGCUGAGUGUGGGCUUUAGGGAACCGGUCCCUAGUUCUGUGCCCAACUACUACAAGAUUAUUAAGCAGCCCAUGGAUCUGAAAAGGGUGAAGAGGAAGCUGCAGCUGCGGAGCUCUCAGUAUUACAAGUCCAUACAAGAGUUUGUGCAAGAUAUGCGCCUCGUCUUCAAGAACUGUUCAACUUACAAUGAGAUGUCUCGAAUAAUCCAAGUUUAUGAUGAGGAGAAAGAGAUUAAUACGCAGGUGGGAUCGGAAAUGGCAAUAUCUGGCAAGGCGGUCAGCCUGUACUUUGAAGAGAAGCUGGCAGCAAUUUUCCCUGACCAGAACUUUCCUGACACGCCAGAACCAGAGUCCCCCGACGAAAAAGAGAAGGAAGACGAGGACACAGAUGACUCUGAGGAGGAAUUCAUACAACCCAGACGCAAACGAUUGAAAAUGGAUGAUAAAAUUGUCCAUGUCAAGUGACAACAGAGAUAAGAAGUGAAAAACUGUCUUCCUCCUAUACCACACUUCUCUCUCCUCAUCCCUUUCAUUUGAAGAAGAAAAAUGAAAAUGUGUUUUUUUUAAACUAACUGGAUGAUCUCAUUGCCUUUAAAACAGCUGUUGUCUUCUGAUAUGUUUUUGGGAACCUUUGUGGGUGAGAAGAUGGAAGAUCUGCAUUCCCUUUGUAUUCCAUGGACAUUAACUUGUACAGAAUUUGAAGUAAAAAUUCUUUUGUUGUAGUUAGCAAUUGGUUAUUUGUUUUCUAUUAUCCAUUUGCAUUUGUAGAUUUGUUGUGACGAUUGCUUUGUAAUACACCAAGAUCUCCUGUUCUGUUGGAUGUAUAAUAUCUAUAACAUGGAGUCACCAAGUAUUUGUAUGACUGUUGGAAAUGUUAUGUAAAUAAGAGAGUUUAACCCUCUGAAGGUAUUGCUACAGAAUAGAUGUUUCGGUGCAUCAUCAAUAAAACCCAUUCUUGAAAUAGA